GUAAUAUUUACUCAUUAUUUUGAUUGAAAGGUUCUGGAACCAGAGUCACCUACCAUGACACGUGGCAUAUUUUAAUACGCCAUCUUUACAGGGCGAUUUCGUAAUAAGUCGGAUUUGUACUCUCCUAUAAAUUGAACCCUCGGCUUUAUCCCUCAUCACAGCACUCAUUCAGAUAAAUUUUCUCUACGUUCCCUUGUGCGAUUCGAUUGAAAUAGCCUUCUUCCUUUUUCCCUCAAGAUGCAGAUCUUUGUGAAAACCCUUACUGGUAAGACAAUCACUCUCGAAGUUGAGAGCAGCGAUACCAUUGAUAAUGUCAAAGCCAAGAUUCAGGACAAGGAAGGAAUUCCCCCAGACCAACAAAGGUUGAUCUUUGCCGGCAAGCAGCUCGAAGAUGGUAGGACUCUCGCUGAUUACAACAUCCAGAAGGAGUCAACCCUCCACUUGGUGCUUCGUUUGAGGGGAGGCAUGCAGAUCUUUGUUAAAACUCUCACCGGAAAGACCAUCACCUUGGAGGUGGAGAGCAGUGACACAAUUGACAACGUGAAGGCCAAGAUCCAGGACAAGGAAGGCAUUCCCCCAGACCAGCAACGUUUGAUCUUUGCUGGCAAGCAGCUUGAAGAUGGCAGGACCCUAGCUGACUACAACAUCCAAAAGGAGUCAACCCUCCACUUGGUCCUCCGUCUUAGGGGUGGAAUGCAGAUCUUUGUUAAGACUCUUACAGGGAAGACCAUAACCCUUGAGGUUGAAAGCAGCGACACCAUUGACAAUGUUAAAGCAAAGAUUCAGGACAAGGAAGGAAUUCCACCAGACCAGCAAAGGUUGAUCUUUGCAGGCAAGCAGCUCGAAGAUGGCAGGACCCUAGCUGACUACAACAUCCAAAAGGAGUCAACCCUCCAUUUGGUCCUCCGUCUCAGGGGUGGUAUGCAGAUCUUUGUUAAAACUCUUACUGGAAAGACCAUCACUCUGGAGGUUGAGAGCAGUGACACCAUUGACAAUGUGAAGGCCAAAAUCCAGGACAAGGAGGGUAUUCCCCCAGACCAGCAGAGAUUGAUUUUUGCAGGAAAGCAGUUGGAAGAUGGCAGGACUCUUGCUGACUACAACAUCCAGAAAGAGUCCACGCUUCACUUGGUGCUUAGGUUGAGGGGAGGAAUGCAGAUUUUUGUCAAGACAUUGACUGGAAAGACCAUCACACUUGAGGUGGAGAGCAGUGAUACCAUCGACAAUGUCAAGGCCAAAAUCCAGGACAAGGAGGGAAUCCCACCAGACCAACAGAGGCUGAUCUUUGCGGGUAAGCAGUUGGAAGAUGGAAGGACCCUGGCCGACUAUAACAUCCAGAAGGAGUCCACCCUCCAUCUUGUCCUGCGUCUCCGUGGUGGUUUCUGAAUUUAUCAGUUUGAAAAGUUGCUGGUCCCUAUGUCAGCU